CAACCCUCCUGGUAACAACUGUUUGUUGGUGUGAGUGUAAAGAUCUACAGUUUGAAGAUGGGUGGAACCAACAUGUGGUGAAGUGCGAGAGCUGACAGGCCUCGUUCACUGCAGAGACACAUGUUGUUGAGAUCAGAGCUCAAACUAGUUUCAGUUCUGAGGAAGUGAAACUCAGACAGUCAUUGUCACCGAGAGCUGAAAUGGCGCAGAAAGGAGAUCAGCUGGACCGGGAGACUUUCUCUUGUUCCAUCUGUCUGGAUCUACUGAAGGAUCCAGUGGCUAUUCCCUGUGGACACAGCUACUGCAUGAACUGUAUUAAAAGCUUUUGGGAUGAAGAGGAUGAGAAGAGAAUCCACAGCUGCCCUCAGUGUAGGCAGACCUUCACACCGAGGCCUGUCCUGGUGAAAAACACCAUGUUAGCAGCUUUAGUGGAGCAGCUGAAGAAGACUGGACUCCAAUCUGCUGCUGCUGAUCACUGCUAUGCUGGACCUGAAGACGUGGCCUGUGAUGUCUGCACUGGGAGGAAACUGAAAGCUGUAAAAUCCUGUCUGGUUUGUCUGGCCUCUUACUGUGAGAAUCACCUGCAGCCUCAUUAUGAAGCAGCUCCAUUAAAGAAACACAAGCUGGUGGAGCCCUCCGAGAAGCUCCAGGAGAACAUCUGCUCUCGUCACGAUGAGGUGAUGAAGAUGUUCUGCCGCACCGAUCAGCAGUGUAUCUGUUAUCUCUGCUCUGUGGAGGAACAUAAAGGCCACGACACAGUCUCAGCUGCAGCAGAAAGGACUGAGAGGCAGAGAGAGCUCCAGCUGAGUCGGCAACAGAUCCAGCAGAGAAUCCAGGACAGAGAGAAAGAUAUGAAGCUGCUUCGACAGGAGGUGGAGGCUAUCGACGGCUCUGCUGAUGAAGCGGUGGAGGACAGUGAGAAGACCUUCACCGAGCUGAUCCGUCUCAUGGAGAAAAGACGCUCUGAUGUGAAGCAGCAGAUCAGAUCCCAGCAGGAAACUGAAGCCGGUCGAGUCAAAGAGCUUCAGGAGAAGCUGCAGCAGGAGAUCGCUGAGCUGAAGAGGAAAGACGCUGAGCUGAAGCAGCUCUCACACACAGAGGAUCACAGCCACUUUCUACGCAACUACCCCUCACUGUCACGACUCAGUGACUCUACAGACUCGUCCAGUAUCAAUAUCUUUCCUCAAAGAUACUUUGAGGACGUGACAGCAGCUGUGUCACAGCUCAGAGAGAAACUACAGGACGUUCUGACAGAGACAUGGACAAACAUCUCACUGACAGUGACUGAAGUGGAUGUUUUACUGUCACAACCAGAGCCCAAGACCAGAGCUGACUUCUUAAAAUAUUCACAGGAAAUCACACUGGAUCCGAACACAGCUUUCACACGUCUGUUAUUAUCUGAGGGAAACAGAAAAGUUAAAUUUACAUUCAAACAACAGUCUUAUCCUCGUCAUCCAGACAGAUUCACAACAUAUUGUCAGGUCCUUAGUAGAGAGAGUCUGACUGGACGUUGUUACUGGGAGGUGGAGAGGAGAGGAGGAGUUUGUGUAUCAGUCUCAUACAAGAAUAUCAGCAGAGCAGGGGAGGAAAGUUUAUUUGGAAACAAUUCCAAAUCGUGGGCAUUAUAUUGUGAUCAAAACACUUUUUCAUUUAGGUUCAACAACAUCAAAACUCCAGUCUCAGGUCCUCGGCCCUCCAGAGUAGGAGUGUACCUGGAUCACACAGCAGGUGUUCUGUCCUUCUACAGCGUCUCUGAAACCAUGACUCUCCUCCACAGAGUCCAGACCACAUUCACUCAGCCUCUCUAUGCUGGACUCUGUCUUUACUGGGUUGAUGGAACCACAGCAGAGUUGUGUAAAGUGAAAUAGACAGGAGUGAGUUAAAAUGUGUAUUUUAGCCUCUCAGUGUAUUUAGUGUCUUUGUGUUUGUCGCUGAGAGUCAUUGUCAGCACUUUGACCUCUUCUCAUUUCUUGUGGUGUUGAUGUAGGAGUGACUUUAGGCCGAGCUGGAGCCAUGGAGGAAAUCACUGCUCAUGAUGAUGUUAGUUUCUCCUGAACUCACAUUUCUCCGCAUGAGAACACAAACUUCUCUGAGCUCUGAGUGUUUGUUGGAUAUUUGUGUUGAUGUGUUUUUAUGUGUUACGUUUUAUGUGUCAGCGUUUUAUGUGUUACGAAAGGAUUACAAAAUGCCUGUAAAAAGAAAAAUACACUAUAUAGAGAAUUCAUAAAACUAAGGACUAAAGAGGCAGAAAAGAAAUAUAAAAACUAUAAAAAUAAGUUAACCAAUAUUAUAAGGGUAUGUAGGAGAGAAUACUAUACUAAAAUAUUAUAUUAUAACAAAAGCAAUAUUAAAGGAAUAUGGGACAUAUUAAAUAGUAUUAUUAAAAAUAGUCCUAAACAACAGAGCUACCCUCAAUAUUUUAUCGAUAAUAAUAUUAAAAAGGACAAUAUGGAUGAUGUGGUCAAUAGCUUUAAUCAUUUUUUUGUAAAUGUUGGACCAAACCUGGCAAAAAAAAUUCCAGAUCCAUUGUUAUCUGAGGAUUGGAAUGAUAACCUCAUAGUGAGAAAUCCCAGUUCAAUGUUCCUUACAGCAGUGGAAGAAAAAGAAAUAAUAGAUAUAGUAAAUAAAUGUAAAUACAAAACAUCUACUGAUCUGAAUGAAAUUGAUAUGAAAGUUGUAAAAAAGGUCAUUGAGGGGAUUUCUGAACCACUUACAUACAUCUGUAACUUAUCAUUCCAAACUGGAAAAUUUCCUAACAACAUGAAAAUAGCUAAAGUUGUGCCGCUGUAUAAAACUGGGGAUAGACACCACUUCACAAAUUACAGGCCAGUUUCUUUACUUCCUCAAUUCUCCAAAAUUCUAGAAAAACUAUUCAAUAACAGAUUAGACAAAUUCAUAAACAAACAUAAAUUACUUUCUGACAGUCAAUACGGAUUUAGAGCAAACAGCUCAACAUCACUGGCAUUAACAGAAUCAAUUGAGGAGAUCACAAACGCUAUAGAUCACAAACUGCAUUCAGUUGGAGUAUUCAUAGAUCUCAAAAAAGCUUUUGAUACAAUUAAUCAUAACAUAUUAUUCAAUAAACUUGAACGGUACGGGAUCAGGGGGUUAGUAUUGCACUGGGUGAGAAGUUAUUUAAGUAACAAAACAAUUUGUGAAGUUGGGGGAACAUUCAUCGUCAUGCUUGGACAUUGCUUGUGGCGUCCCACAGGGGUCAGUAUUAGGUCCAAUAUUAUUUAUACUUUACAUAAACGACAUAUGCAAAGUUUCAAGAACACUAAAAUUAGUGUUAUUUGCAGAUGACACUAGUAUUUUUUGUUGUGGGGGGGAUUUACAUGAACUACUGGGGAGGAUCACCACUGAAAUGUGCAAACUGAAAAUGUGGUUUGACAGAAACAAAUUAUCGUUAAACUUAAGUAAAACUAAAUUCAUGUUAUUCGGUAAUUGCAAUAAGAAUACACUAGUACAGUUACAAAUAGAUGGGGUGGACGUUGAAAGAGUAUAUGAAAACAAGUUUCUUGGGGUAACAAUUGAUGAUAAAAUAAACUGGAAGUCUCAUAUAAAACAUGUACAAAGCAAACUGUCAAGAAGCAUUUCAGUUCUGAGCAAAGCAAAACACAUUCUGGACCACAAAUCACUCCACAUUCUCUACUGUUCACUGAUUUUACCAUAUUUACAAUACUGUGCAGAGGUUUGGGGCAAUACUUAUAAAUGUGCAAUACAAUCUCUAUCCAUACUGCAGAAAAGAGCCAUAAGAAUAAUUCAUAAUACCGGUUAUAGAGAUCACACAAAUUCACUAUUCUUAAAAUCAAAAACAUUAAAAUUCACUGACCUGGUUAAUUUCCAAACAGCACAAAUUAUGUACAAAGCAAUAAACAAUCUACUUCCUGGAAAUAUUCAAAAAUUGUUUUUUCACAGAGUUGGGGGUUAUAAUCUGAGGGGUGAGUUCAACUUAAAACAUCAGCGGGCACGUACAACACUAAAAAGUUUUUGUCUGUCAGUUUGUGGAGUGAGGCUGUGGAACAGACUGGGUGUGGAGCUCAGGCAAUGUCCAAGCAUGAUCCAGUUUAAAAAGUGGUACAAACACAUGGUUUUCACGAGGUACAGGGAGGAAGAAGGGCUUUAAUAAUCGGGUGUUUUCAUAAAUGAUAAAUGAUUUAUGUAUUUGUUUAUUUAAUCUAUUUAUUUUCUUCUACUUUAUGUAAAUAUAUAUGUUUGGGAAGAAAGACUGAUAAUUGAGUAGUGGAGAAGGGGUAGGUUUAAAUAAGCAUAUGCUUCAUCCUACUCCUUUUCGGACAUGUUGGGUUAACAUUAUUAUUUUUGUUUUGAUUAUUGUUAUUGGAUUUGUUUGUUUUUCAUUUUACUUUGUGUGUUACUCGCACAUGUUCGAAAUAAACUAACUAAAUUAAACUAAACUAUGUUGUUGUUUGGUCCUGAACAGAGAAAUCACCAGACCUUCCUUUAUCACAGAUGUUUUGUUCUCACUGUGUAAAGACAGAAAUCUAUAAUUACAUUUACAUUGAUGUGUUUGUCAGAACAAAUGUUGUUGUUGUUCAAAUCCACUCACAAUAAGGUCUAUGAAGUUUAAUCAAAGUGUCAUUAUCAUGAUAAUAAUCAACGAGGAGAUGAUUCAUUAUUUUCUUUUCCAUCUCUGAGAUUCAUGUGAAACAAACUGAUUGUGUGGAUGAAGUGAAUCUGUUCAUGAAAUCACUGAACAAGAGUCAUUGAACAGACUUUACUGAUUCAGUGUGUGAACAAACUGAAGCUUCACGUCAUGAAUAAAGUUGAUUUUCAUCAACAAUCAAUCAAA